AUGGCCGCUCCUCUACAACAACCGUGGGCAUGUCCAAUUGAACCAUAUGCGCUUCCAGAUUAUCUGGUAGACGCAAUUGACCAAGACUUCUGCCGAGACCGCCUGAAUAGCAAUGAGUUUAGUUUCUUAACAGACUCACUAUCGCCCGGCACAAUCUCCGAUAUGUCCCCAUCGAUAUCCAACCCGGAUUGGUCUUCAUUCCUUGACCUGGACCAAUUCGACUAUGUGGACGCCUCAGAACAUCCCUCCUCCUCCUCAUCAACAUCAUCUCCCGCGCUUAAUCCCAUUCAGCGAGUCACCUCGCACCCAACCAGUCAGCCCUACACGCAUAGCCCCCUACCUCCCGUGGCAAUGACGCCACCGAGGUCCAUCUCUCCCAUCGAGUCGGUCGGGUCUGCCCCUGAACGGCCGCAGAAACGCGUUUCCCAACGAACCGCGCACAACCGCAUUGAGAAGCGCUACCGGGAGAACCUGAGCAACAACUUCACUGCCCUCGAACAGGCGCUGCAGUCGUAUGAGCGUCGCAGUACGAGAGGCCCAUCCCGCAGACAGGCGUCGCGGAAGAUGGCCAUCCUCACGGAUGCUGUCCAGUACAUCGAGGAGUUGCAGGAAGAAGCGGCGACGCUGCGGAUGAAAAUGCAGAGCCUGCGGCAGACGUUACUGCCACAUGGAAUCUGGAAGUAUACGAUGAAUGACUGA